UACUUAGCUAUUGCUCCUGAAAAACAGAAGACGUGACUAAAGCCCUGUCAGGCAUUCUUUUUCCAUUUGGUUUUUAAAGAGCCUCCUAAUUCAGGGGGCCUUUUUUGUCCAGUUAUGAAACCUUUCAUUAUACUAGCACUCUGCUGUAGUUUUUUCUCUAGCAGAGCCACCCCUCUUCCAUUUGAAAUUUUGGACUGUGAUGAUCCUGAUGUCUUUAAAGCUGUCGACACAGCACUGAAGAAAUACAAUGGAGACAAAGCAAGUGGUAAUCAAUUUGCUCUAUACAUGGUGAUGGAAGCCAAGAGAACUGCAGGUCCUGACACACAAUUCCAUGUGAAAUACCGAAUACAAGAAACCACUUGUACCAUUGAGGAAAACAAACUCUGGCAAGAUUGUGAUUACAAAGCACUUGCAGAGGCUACAAGAGGAGAAUGCACAGCUCAAGUUCACGUGAAUAAUGAUGAAAAAACAAGUAGUGUUUCACAAGAUUGCAAAAUUUUUCCAGCUACGCCAAGGAUAACACUUACUGACGCUACAUGUCUUGGAUGCUUUCAUCCUGUAUCAAGUGACAGUUCAGAAGUGUCAGAAAUUCUGAAACAAGCCAUUUGGAAGUUUAACAGGCAUAGUGCUGAACCUGCACUUUUUAAGCUUGUGGAAAUAAAAGAAGCUAAAAGACAGGUGGUAGCUGGAUGGAAUUACAUAAUUAAAUAUGAAAUCGAAGAGACUAAUUGCUCCAAAGAACAAUUUCAAGAUUUAACUCCGGAGUGCAAACCCACUUCUAGAGGUCGUGUAGGUAAAUGUGAUGCCAAAGCAUAUGAAAAUCUUCAUGCGGAGAUCGUAGAUAUUGCAAACCAAUGCACAUUUCCAGUUGAAGAUACAGUACUUCCUGCCAUUUGUGCUCGUUGUCCAAAGACUAUCCCAACAGACACUCCAGAACUGAAGAAACUACUGAAGGUUUCUAUGGAGAAGUACAAUUCAGAGAGCAAUGAUGAUUUCUACUACAAAAGUGGAGAAAUAGAAGCAGCGACAGUUCAGGUGGUUGCAGGACAAAACUACCAUUUAAUAUUUGCAAUCUGGAAGACAAACUGCUCAAAGAAAGAUUUUGACAAACUUAAUGAAGACUGUGAAGCCGCAUCAGACAGUGCACCACUGGCAUGUGAAGCAAACAUUUAUGUGACCACAUGGGAGAAUAAAACCUUUCCCCAAGUUAACUGCUCUAGAGGACGGUCAACGACUGUAUUAGUAAGGCGGCCUCCUGGAUUCACACCUUUCCGAAGCUUUCCUGUGCUACAACAGCCCACUGAAAAUUCAAGCUCUGAUAAAAAUGAAGAAAGGCAAAGACCUGGCAAAGAAAUGAGAAAAGAUGGUGGAGAGGAACCAGAAGGUGAAGAUCGUCCAGAAUCUCAUGUCCGCAGAUGUCCUGGAAAGCCAUGGAAACAAAUUACGGACCUUCCAGCUCCUAGCUUUCCCAGAGAAUUCACAAAUGAGGAUCUCUUGCCUUCCACAGUAGAAAACAUCAAUCCAGCAACACAAAACUCAACUCCUGAAAAUGAGAAACUCUUUGAUCUCUCAGAUGCUUUAGUAUAAUUCAAACAUUGUAGGAUCCUUUUCAGAAAUUAUACAUAGAAAAAUAAGAAAAAUACUGCCUUUUGAAAUGUAUAAAAUGUUAAGAGAUAAAAGCUUCUAUUCUGUUAGCUAAGAUACUCAAGUAGGUCACCAGUAUUUCUGGGGACCUAAGACCAUGCAGCAAUAUUCUGUAUUUGCAUAUAUUUGCAAAGAUGUAUAUCAGGCAAUGGCACCAAUGAUUCAGAACCAGUCUAGCAAAGGGACCAGGCAAGUCAACAGCCUUCUGCUGCAGAAGUUAAAAUUCUAUCUCAUCUGCCUCAAGUUACUAUAAGCACAAAGUGAAUCACUGCAUCAAAUCUCACUGUAUUAAGUUUAGAACAAUGACACAGAGAAUUUCGCAGAUUACAUGAAAAAUCUCAAUCAAAUAUGGGUAAGACAAAAGACAGCCAAUAUAGAGCAAAGAUGCCUUUCUUAGAUAUCUGAAAUAAUACUUCUCUAAUUUACUGGAGUGAAUCUUUUAAAGAACAAAAUAAAACAAAGGAACCUG